ACAUCCAUUAUUCCCUCUGCUCGCACUGAUUUUUGAAAAAUGUGAAUUGGCGACGUGCACGCCGAGAGAGAGCGGCGUUGCCGGGGGAGACGUCUGCUCCUCGGACUCCUUCAACGAGGACAUCGCCGUCUUCUCCAAACAGAUCAGAUCAGAGAAGCCUUUAUUUUCAUCAAACCCAGAGCUCGACAAUCUGAUGAUUCAGGCGAUCCAAGUGUUACGUUUCCACCUGCUGGAGCUGGAAAAGGUUCAUGAGCUGUGUGAUAACUUCUGUCAUCGGUACAUCAGCUGUCUGAAAGGGAAGAUGCCGAUCGAUCUUGUUAUAGACGACAGAGACGGGAACAAAUCAGACAGCGAGGAUUUCAUCAGGUCAUCAGGGAACAUGGACCAGAUUUCGUGGAGCAGAGAUCACGACGACGCGGCAUCGAUCCGGUCGUCCGGGACGCCGGGCCUGUCCAGCGGAGGACACACGUCUCACAGUGGAGACAACAGCAGCGAACAAG